AUGACCGCAUUCCGUCCCUUUUCAAACCGAGUCUCGAGGGUUCCAAUCCCACGAUCUUCCCUGCAGCGGAGGAGUCAAUUCUCCACUUCGCUGAGGAAUUCAAGCUACGCAGAUACUCUUCCUAAUCUCAAGAUUGGAGCCCACACGAGGGUUUUGUUUCAAGGUUUCACAGGUAGACAGGCAACUGCAAAUGCAAAAGAGUCAUUAGAAUGGGGAACCAAGAUCGUAGGAGGCGUGAAGCCUGGAGUGGAAGGCGAGCAUCUUGGGCUCCCGAUAUUCCCAUCAGUGCGCAUUGCUCAGGAGAUAGCAAAACCAGAUGCGUCUGCAAUCUACGUGCCUGGAAAUCAAACGGCCAAGGCCAUUGAAGAAGCUAUAGAAGCUGAGAUACCCCUUGUCGUUGCCGUGGCAGAACAUGUUCCCGUCCACGAUAUGCUGCGGAUUCAUUCCAUUCUCCAGGCACAGUCCAAGACCAGGCUAGUAGGAGCGAACUGUCCGGGAAUCAUCUCUGCGAUAGGAAAAUGCCGGAUAGGGUUCCAGCCUUUGCCCUGCUUUUCUCCCGGGAAUAUAGGGAUCAUCGCAAAGUCGGGAACCUUGAGCUAUGAGACGGUGGCAUCUACAACGCGAGCUGGCUUGGGUCAGAGUCUUUGCAUUAGCAUGGGUGGAGAUAUGUUGGCCGGAACGAAUUUCGUGGAUGCCCUGAAAAUCUUUGAAAAUGAUCCGGACACAGGGGGUAUUAUACUAGUUGGCGAAGUUGGUGGAACAGCUGAGUUGGACGCUGCCGAAUGGAUUGCGGAUUACAAUAGACGAUGUGCGAAUCCAAAACCCAUUAUGGCUCUCGUCGCCGGUAUGCAAGCUCCCCGUGGGCGUGUUAUGGGCCACGCCGGUGCCUGGGCAGCGCCAGGAGAACCAGAUGCAAGAAAGAAGUACAAGGCACUUGAGAGUGCUGGUGCUGUGAUGGUUCAUCAUCCGGAGAACUUUGGGGAGAAGAUGAAGGGUCUGUUGAGCAAAAACACGAGCCGGUUUGGCACGACGAGUACCUCCACUCCGUUGAGCCACAGACGAGGCUUCCAUACAAGGAGACAGCUUUCUCCUACCAGCUACCAUAGGAGGCUUAGUUUGACCCAAGUCCGUACACUCUACGUCACCCAAUUCCAAGCACUCGACAUGCUCAAGGAAAAAUCAAUACCCGUUAACGAGAUGACUGCGUCCCCAGACGACAUUUCCAUAUCCGUCACAAUAGAUCGUACCGCAUUAUCUCCAUGCGUCAUUGCCUCACCAUCACCCAAUCCCGACGAGGGCAGCUAUGCCCGCAAGUUUCCGUUCGACUACGCAAGUGCAAGUGUUAAGGAAGCCCCAUUUAUCAAUGCCAUAGUCUCUCAUCUUCAUCUUUCGGGGACAUCGCAAGCACAUGCGGCCCUAGCUUCACUAAUCGACAGCGUAUGGCAAAUCUUCAAGGAAAAGGAAGCCUUCUUACUAGAGACAAGAGUCAAUGUUUCCCCAGAGGGCAAGUUGGAAGUGCGUGGAGCACGAUUCGGCUUUGACGAUGCCGCGUUCAGGAGUUCUGGACGACACGGAGACGUGCAUCGACUCAGGGAUAAAGCGGAGGAAGUCUGGGAGGAGGUAGAAGCCGAAAAGGACGGGAUUGUUUAUGUGAAACUUGCAGGCGGAGGCAGUAUCGGAACCCUGGUAAACGGAGCCGGUCUCGCGAUGAACACAGUCGACGCUCUCACUCUCCACGGCGGCCACUGCGCCAAUUUCCUCGACACAGGCGGCAAGGCAACCAGUGAAACCGUGAAGUCAUCGUUCCGCAUCAUUUCCUCGGACGCCCGCGUGAAGGCGAUCUUCGUGAAUAUCUUCGGGGGGCUGACGCGGUGCGAUAUGAUCGCGGAGGGUAUUAUCAUGGCAUUCCGCGAUCUAGGAAUGGAAGUUCCUGUGGUUGUGCGGUUGCGGGGGACGAACGAAGAGAUUGGACAGAAGAUGAUUGCGGACAGUGGACUUCGUCUCCAUGCAUUUGACAGCUUUGAGAAUGCGGCGAAGAAGGUUGUCAGUCUUGCAGGCGGCGCAUAGACAUAUACACUAUAGAAGACAAGAACCUUUAGAUGUAUAGAAAGCAUUGCAUGAAAUCAAUUAUAGGGCUGGAAUAAACUCCAACCUCCGACAUCGC